AUGCCAUCCCCUCUGGAUCCCCCAUGCCUGCCCCUCAUGGACCCAGAGACCACCCUCGAGGAGCCUGAGACUGCCCGCCUCCGCUUCCGAGGGUUCUGCUACCAGGAGGUGGCAGGUCCCCGAGAAGCCCUGGCCCGGCUGCGUGAGCUGUGUCACCAGUGGCUGCAGCCUGAGGCACACUCCAAGGAGCAGAUGCUGGACAUGCUGGUUCUGGAGCAGUUCCUGGGCACACUGCCUCCUGAGAUCCAGGCCUGGGUGCGAGGUCAGCGGCCAGGCAGUCCUGAAGAGGCUGCUGCCCUGGUCGAAGGACUGCAGCAUGACCCUGGGCAGCUGUUGGGCUGGAUCACAGCCCAUGUCUUGAAGCAGGAGGUGCUCCCUGCAGCCCAGAAGACAGAGGAAUCAUUGGGGAGCCCCCACCCCUCAGGGACAGUGGAGUCUCCUGGGGAGGGUCCCCAGGACACCAGAAUAGAGGGGUCUGUCCAGCUCAGCUGCAGUGUGAAGGAGGAGCCCAAUGUCGAUGGACAGGAAAUGGCACCCUCCAGCCCUACACUUGCAGCUCAGUCCCCUGAGGGGCACCAUGGACACCAAGAACCAGGCUCUACCUCCUUCCACCCACCCAGGAUUCAGGAGGAGUGGGGGCUGCUGGACCGGUCACAGAAGGAACUGUACUGGGACGCGAUGCUGGAGAAGUACGGCACGGUGGUCUCCCUGGGGUUACCAACCCACCAGCCGGAGGCACAGGCCCAGUCGGAGUUGGGGAUGCUGCUCACGGGGGCAGGCGUCUGCAGAAACCUGGGCUCAGGAGAUGAGAAUGAGGGUCUGCCAGGCUGCCCAGAGGCCCAGCCACCCCAGGGCCCAGGUCCUGCAGCCUGGGAUGGCCCGUCUGGGGCCACAGCUCCUGCCCCCACUGCGCGCCCAGGGACACCACCAGCACCCGCUACGCCCACACCCACAGAGACGCGACUGGAGCCAGGCGCCACCCCCAGGAAGCCCUACAUGUGCGAGCAGUGUGGCCGUGGCUUUGACUGGAAGUCAGUGUUUGUCAUCCACCACCGGACACACACAAGUAGGCCAGGUUCACAGUCCCCAGGGCUAGCCACUGGCGAAGGCACAGAGAAACCGUCGCAAGGGGAGCUGGCCUUUCCACGCCACCCGCGACGGUCACUCGCAGGCCCCCGGAGUUACCCAUGCGAGGAGUGCGGGUGCAGCUUCAGCUGGAAGUCACAGCUGGUCAUCCACCGCAAGAGCCACACGGGCCAGCGGCGCCACUUCUGCAGUGACUGCGGCCGAGCCUUCGACUGGAAGUCGCAGCUGGUCAUUCAUCUUAAGAGUCACCGGCCGGAGGCUCUGUGAGCAGCCAGAUGGUGCAGUCUCUCAGGGCCUCAGUGUUCUCAGAGCCUGGAUGCAGCCUCUGGGGCACCAGCAGAAGACUCUGGAGGUAGCAGGGAAUGCUGGAGUGAACAAGGGGUCCCAAGCCAGUCCCCUUCCCCUGGCCUGCCUUCCCCCAAAAGACCUGGGUGUAAGGAAAAGGAGCUGCUUCCUCCCUUCUUGCCCCUUCCUCCUGGAGGGAAGUCUGGGUUCCCUUCUAUGACUGGCCAGUGCCUGUGGGGUGACUGCCAAGCAUCAGGCUCCCUCUCUCCCUGAGUCAUGGCCCGGGCUGACAACACUCCCUCUCCUGGGACCUCCUUGCUUCAGGUGGGUGUUCAAAAACUGUGCCUUCCUACCCCUCUGUGCAGAGGCUGGGUUUGAGGUCUCAGUGUGGAGGGCAGCAAAAGACCCAGGAAAGCAAGGUUGGCUUCUGUUUCUCCUGCUCCGUGUGUGUGUUAGAAUUUUAACAUAAAUUCCACUUUCAUAAUA